GGGGGGGGGGGGGGGGGGAGUGCUAGGGCACACGGGCCCGGCGGCGGCCCAUGUCGCCGGGCAUGCCCCGGGGCGUCGAGCCCGCGCCCCUGGCCCUGUGCGCCUGCAUGCGCACGCGCGUCGGUCCACUGGCAUGCAUCGUGCAGGGAGGCCGACCGGCGCGCACUCGUCCUCGGGCCGGGCAGUGGGCCAGCGGGAGCCUCCCCUCGGUCCGGGCAUGGGGCCCUUCGGUGGCCGGCCCCCGGCGGCGCGCGAGGCCCGGGUGCAUGCCACCCCACUGGCAGGCCGGCUGGGGCCGUGCAUCGGGUUUGCCCGGGCCAUUGGUUUGUCCUCCUCCCCUGGCGGCUCGGGAAGCAUGUGCACACCGGGGGGGGCGGGGGGCUGCCCUUUUCGCCGGCCCUUCGCGGGCGCCAUGGCCAGGCGUGCCCCUCGUGCCGGCGGCAAUGUCUGCCUCGGUCCGAGGGCGGGCCUCUGCCCUGCUGGCUGCUCGUUCGCUCAUGGCCGCCCCUCGGCUCGCCCCGACCGGGCGCCCGGGGGCCGGCACAGCUGGCCCCAGGCCUGUGUGUUUUGUUUUCCCCCGGACGAGGCCCACGCACCGAGACGCGUCCGCGGCCUGGGGGAGUGCCCCCCGCCCGGUGCCCUGGCGCGGGGACCGGGGCUCGGGGCCGAGCGCCGGGUCCGACGGGCGGCCAGGUCCGGCAGGGAGCCGGCGGGUCGGGGCAGUGGGUGCUCGCGAGCCGGGGCCACUGCCAGCGGGCUGGCUUGGGCCGCGACGGGCGGCCAGCGUGGGCCGGUGUCUUGGCGACUGCCGGGUGUGUCCAGUUGCCCACGGCGGCUUGCCGGCUGUCCUGGCACCCGUCGAGCCGCACCGGGGGCCGUGUGCGCUCCGGUGCGCCGUGGCCCAUCGGCGCCUGUCCCUGCCGCCCGCUUCCCCAGCUGGGGCGUGGUGCGUGUGCCGGGAGGUGUCGCCGCUUCCGGGCGACCCGCAUCCCUGCCUGGCCAUGUUUCACCCCCCCUUCGAUGUGGGCCGCCCGUGGCCCCGUCCUGUCGCGCGCCUGGCCAAAGCUCUUGUCCUUUUCGGCGAGCCGCGGCAGUGGCGCGUGUGUGCGUCGCGCCGGGCCCGGCCGCGCACGUGCCUGGCAUCCCCGCCCCUCCGCCAUGGUGGGACCACCGGUGGACAGUUGCUCCAUGUGGACGGAGGCCAGCCGAGGGUCCGACGCGGCAGGACGCGCAGUAUCCCCCGGUGCCGCGGCGGCCGUCGCCACCGUGCGUGCACAUGUGCCCUGCCUGCGGCGGUGUGCACGGCCCCCCGCCGGGUCCCGGUGCCAUCCCAUCCUGCGCCUCCCCUUGUCUCUUCCUGGCAGCCGGCUGCACGUCGCGCAUGGGGGGCCCUCGCUUGGUGGUCGCCCCACGCGCCGGCUUUCCUCGCGCCUGUGCUUGUGCUCGCCUCCGUGGCUUUGCGCUCUCCCCUGUUGGCCCUGCUCCCGUGGCCCUACGCCGGAGACCGAGCCACGAGGGGCCCCUUUCGUGGGUGUUCUCCAGCGGGCCAGGGGGCGGGGCAGCUGCCGAGGGGGGAAUUGGGACCGCGCGGUAAAAUGGCGGGGACCAGGCCCCGCACGGGCGACGGGGUCGGCAUCCCGCUCGCACGCCGACAGGCCUUGACAUCCGGGAGGCCCUCCACUCGCGUGUGUGUGUGUGUGUGUGUGUGCGCGUGCGCGCCUCUUCUUCCCUCUGCCGGGCUCGAUCACAGGAGACCGGGGGCCGUGUUGCUGGCAGUCUCCCCACUCAUCGGUGCUUGUUGCGGCCUUUGAUUCCGGGUGUGCGCUCGCCGUCGGCCGGGCACCUGCAGCGACCGAGCCUUCCGCGGGUCAGCCACCAGAGCCUCGAGACCGGUCCCCGGCCUGCGCAUGGCCGUGGUCAUCUGCCUGGCGAGGGGCUGGCCAUCGGCUGGUGUGCGCUCGUUUGUCGAUUGAACCUGCCCGUGCUCCGGGUGGGGCACGCGCUGCAGUGGGCCUUCGGUGUGGCCUGCCUCGGUGUUUCUUCGCCCGAGCCCGCGUGUGUUUCCGUGUCGACACCCAAUGAGGCGGCGUGGCAUCUCUCUCUCUCUCUCUCUCUCUCUCUCUCCUGUACCCCACCGCACUCUUGCCUGCCGGCUUUUCACGGCGAUGGGCCUGUGAGCUUGCCUCGUGGAUCUUCUCCGGGGAGGAUGGGCGGCCACACAUGUGGGCACCGCGGCCGGGUGCCGAGCCAGCGGUGUCCCCUUUAGACCCCCCCCCCGUCUGUCGGUCUCUCCUCACCUGGCGGGGGAGUGUGUCCCCAGGCUGGGCGGGUGGUCUGCCGUGCACGGCGACGCCCCCGGCGCGGCGCGUGCCGGCCCCCAGAUGGCAGCAGUUCGCCAUCCCGGCAUUCCCUUGCUCCGGUGGGCGCUGUCCUGUUGCCUCAUUCCUCGGCCUCUCGGCUGUCCUUCCCCAACAAGGGACGGCUGUAUGGCUGCGGAGUUGUGUCCCGCCCUUGCUGCCUGGCUGCAAGGAGAUCCGUCCCCUGGGAUGGUGGCGUCGGUCGGGAAGUGAGCCCAGGGGAGGCGGCGAGCGGGG